AUGUUUGCUGUUCAUCUUGUUUCCUUCUUCUUCUCCAAACUCCAGGAGGACCCCACAAAGAAGGUGGACAGAUUUCUGUAUGCCAUGCGUCUCAAUGAUGACCAACUAAGGGACAUUUCAGCUCGUUUCUCGGCUGAAAUGAAGAAGGGGCUUUCGGCUGAAAGCAAUGAUGCAGCAGCAGUAAAGAUGUUGCCAACACAUGUCCGCUCCACCCCACAUGGAUCAGAGAAAGGAGAGUUUCUGGCCUUGGAUCUUGGAGGUUCCAAGUUUAAGGUCCUCCAAGUUAAAGUGAGAGAGGGCACAGGAAUUAGGAGGGGAGGAGUAGAGAUGGAGGAAAAGACCUAUCCGAUACCUAAGGAGCUACUCAUUGGGAAAGCAACAGAGUUAUUUGACCAUGUGUCCGAGUCUCUAAAGGACUUCCUGCAUGAGAAGAACAUCAGUUUGAAGGAGAAACAUCCUCUGGCUUUCACCUUCUCUUUCCCAUGUGAACAAUCCAGCUUGAAUCAGGGAUCAUUGUUAAACUGGAGUAAGAACUACCGGGUUCGAGGCCUUCAGAAGAAAGAUGUGGUCCAGGCCCUCAGAGAGAGCAUUGAUAGAACAGGGGGUAUGGAUGUAGAGGUGUUAGCCAUGGUUAAUGACACUGUGGCGACCAUGAUAACUUGCGGUUUUGAUGACCCUAACUGUGAAGUCGGACUCAUCAUUGGUACAGGAACCAAUGCAUGCUACAUGGAGGAGCUGCGUCAUGUUGACCUGGUGGAGGGUGAUGAGGGCAGGAUGUGUGUGAACACUGAGUGGGGAGCCUUUGGAGAUGACGAGACUCUGAAUGAUUAUAUCACUGAGUUUGACAAAGAUGUCGAUGCAGCCUCCCACAACCCUGGAAAACAACUCUUUGAGAAGAUGGUCAGUGGGAAGUAUCUGGGUGAGUUGGUGAGGCUGGUUGUAUUGAAGAUGGCUAAACUGGGAAAGCUGUUUGAUGGACAUGUGUCUAAUGCGCUGAGGACCAAGGGGAAGAUAACCACUGCACAAGUGGCAGCCAUGGAGGAGUACAAAGAUGGCCUGAAGAACACCAAAGACAUUCUCACUGAGCUUGAUUUGGACCCAUCGCAAGAUGACUGCAUUGCUGUUCAACAUGUCAGCACCAUCGUGUCCUUCAGGUCCUCAAAUCUGGUGGCUGCAGGACUGGCUGCCAUCUUGAAUCGAAUCAAAGAAAACCGGAAUUUGAGGACACUAACAAUCACUGUAGGCGUGGACGGCACAGUGUACAAGACGCACCCACAGUAUCCUAAACGUCUCCAUAAAGUGGUGAGACAUUUGCUUCCUGAGUGCCAUGUCAGAUUUGUCCUGUCAGACAGAGGCAGCAGCAAAGGAGCUGCCGUGGUAGCAGCAGUUGCCCAACGACUGGCAUCACAGAGGAGAAAGGUGGAUGAGACACUGUCUCUCUUCAGACUGAAUCAAGAGCAGCUCCAAUUGGUCAAGGCCAGGAUGAGGGCGGGUCUGGAGGCAGGACUAAAGAGUAAAAUGACCUCAGGGGUCAAGAUGCUGCCUUCUUUUGUGUACCAUACACCUGAUGGCACAGAGCAUGGGAAAUACCUUGCCUUGGAUCUGGGAGGAACCAACUUCAGGGCCUUGCUGGUGAGAUUUAAAAAAGGUCUGCAACAGAACUCACGACUCUACCAUAAGAUCUACACCAUACCGAUGGAGAUAAUGCAGGGAACUGGAGAAGAGUUGUUCGAUCAUAUAGCGCAGUGUGUUAGUGAGUUCCUGGACUACAUGGGAAUGAAGAAAGCUCGUCUUCCUGCAGGCUUCACCUUCUCUUUCCCCUGCGAGCAGACAGCUCUUGACACGGGCACAUUGGUGACCUGGACCAAAGGCUACAAGGCCACAGACUGUGAAGGACAUGAUGUUGUCAACAUGCUGAGGGAGGCCGUCAAGAGACACAAUGAGUUUGACCUGGACAUAGUAGCUCUUGUUAAUGACACAGUUGGGACAAUGAUGAGCUGUGCCUAUGAAGACCCUCAGUGUGAAAUCGGACUGAUAGCUGGAACUGGCAGUAAUGUUUGUUACAUGGAGGAACUCAAGAACAUUGAGAAGAUUGAACAAAAGGAACAAAAGAUGUGCAUAAACACAGAGUGGGGAGGUCUAGGGGAUGAUGGCUCGCUGGAUGACAUCAUCACACCUUAUGACAUUGAGGUGGACCAAAACUCAAUUAAUACUGGAAAACAAAGGUUUGAAAAGAUGACCAGUGGAAUGUAUUUAGGUGAAAUUGUCCGUCAGGUGCUCUUGGAUUUAACCAGAAGACGUUUACUGUUCAAAGGACAUGUCACUGAAACUUUAAAAACACCUGGAAUAUUCAAAACUGAAUACGUGUCAAAAAUAGAGAGGUAG